AUGGCGGAAGGGGAGCAGCGUUGAGUUUCCUCUGAGUUUUUUAUUCUAACUGUAGAACCCUCUACAACUUCGUUUCUCUCCUCCGAAUCAUCUUCUGAGACGAUGGGGAACGAAGGCAGCAUCGAGGGUGAGGGCCAACCGGGGCAGCCCGGCUCCGCUGUUCCUUCCCCAGGGGCUCCGACUUCCAUUUCAGCACCAGCAGGCUCUGGACAGCUCAUCAAGCCCAGCAAUGGUGCGCCAACGGGAGGGACGGGGGCCGGACCCGGCCCGGGGAUUAACAGCAUCUCUGGAAAACUCCCCCAGACAGACCCUGGGUCCGGGCCCAAGGCGGGGGUCCAGACUGGGCCUGGGACGGGGGACCGCCUGGCCUCCCAGAGGGAGCAGCAGGGUCAGAGCCACGUCGCCCGCAAGAACCUCCAGGUGGACGUGGGUAGUAGCAGGACAGGACGGUCCCCAUCGGUGUCCCCCGCCGUCACCCCCACCUCACCCUACUCCGUGCCCCAGAUCGCCCCCAUGCCCAGCAGCAAGCUGUGCCCCGUCUGUAAGACGGCCGACCUGACGGGCACCACGGAGGACAACCAGCCAAACUGCAGCACCUGCACCCAGUGCCGAUCCACGGUGUGCAACCAGUGUGGCUUCAACCCCAACCCACACCUCACCGAGGUCCAGGAGUGGCUGUGUCUGAACUGCCAGAUGCAGAGAGCUUUGGGAAUGGACAUGGAGACACCUCGCUCCAAGAGCCAACAGCAGAUCCACUCUCCUUCUCACCAAGCCAAACCAGAGCCCAUCUCUGAACCUCAGCCCCAGGUCCAACCUCAGCCCCAGGUCCAACCUCAGCCCCAGCCCCAAGCCCCACCUAAGGCACAGCCUCUAACCCAGCAUCAGGCUCCUACACAGGCCCAGCCUCCACCGGGCCCUAACAGACAGACUGGUCCAGGCCCGGGGCAGACCCCUCAGCAGCAGAGAAGUUCAGGCCCUGCUCCAGCCCAGGGCCAGGGUCAAGGUGGGGCUCGUCUCCCCCCAGGAGCUGUCCCUCUCCCAGGCAUGGCCAAAGCUCCAUCCCAGCCUGACCUCCGUGGCUCCCCUGCCCACCAGCCCCUGCCCCUCCGCCAGGACCACACCCGUAGUGCAGGGAGCUCCCCGUCCCGCCAGCCCCCACCCCCGGCCGCCGCCCCCGAGCAGACCUUUGGGAAGCUGUUUGGAGGCUUCGGUGGCUUCGGUGCCUCCCUCCUCAACCAGGCCAGCACCCUCAUAUCAGAUAACCCAGUAUCUGCUCCGCCGCAGCCCCAACAGCCCCCCAAACCUGCCCCCAAACCAGCCGGACCCCAGGGACCUGCAGCUGGGGCUGGGAAACCACUAGGAACUCAUCCUGGCCAACAGGGACCCCACACACCCCAACAGGGACCCCACGCACCCCAACAGGGACCCCACGCACCCCAACAGGGACCCCACGCACCCCAACAGGGAUCCCACGCACCCCAACAGGGACCCCCCCAGCAGCAGGCCAAAGGUGCCUGCUGUCCCCUGUGUAAGACCAGUCUCAACGUGGGGGUGACGGGCGAGCCGGCCAACUACAGCACCUGCACCCAGUGUCACGCCCAGGUCUGCAACCUGUGUGGAUUCAACCCUGCACCCCAUCUGGAGAAUAAAGAAUGGCUCUGCCUGAACUGCCAGACCCAGAGAGCUUUGUCUGGGGCCCUGGGAGACACUCCACUUCCUGCUCCUCAGCCAAUGGGAUCCCCACGGCACCCGGCUCCAGCCAAUCAACCACAGCCUCAGCAGAGUGGGCCCAAUCAGCAGGCAGGGCUACGGCCCACUGGUCCUCAACAGCAACAGAAACCACCGGGUGCCCAAGUAAGUGGCCCUCCUUUCUCCCCUGCCAAACAGGCAGGGCCCACCGCCCAAAGCAAGGGGCCUGCUCAACCGUCCCCUGCCAAGGCACAACCCUCCCCUGCUAAAACAGCCCAGCCUUCACCUGCUAAGGGUGAACCCUCCCCAGCCAAACAGACAGGACCCACCACCCAGAGUAAGGGUCCUGCCCAGCCCUCCCCUGCCAAGGGCGCAUCCUACCCUGCCAAACAGACAGGACCCACCACCCAGAGUAAGGGUCCUGCCCAGCCCUCCCCAGCCAAGAGCGCACCCUCCCCUGCCAAGCAGACAGGACCCACCACCCAGAGUAAGGGUCCUGCCCAGCCCUCCCCAGCCAAGGGUGCACCCUCCCAUACUAAAGCUGCAUCCACCCCUAGCAAGGGUGCACCCUCUCCUGCUAAGGGUGCACCUACCCAACCUAAACCCAACCAGAGUGUACCCAACAAGCAGUCUGGUAAGCAGCAGCAGGGCCAGGAGAAAACUAAAGUCACCACCAAACCUCAAAAGGAAGCAGAAGUCAAAGCCUCGCCCAAGAAGGGAGCACCUGAGACCAUCACCACAUCAAAAGAUGAAAGGAAAAAACCUGCUGGAGACUCGCCGAAGUCAAAGCACCAUGACUAUUCCAACAAGUCCAGCACACAGAGCCUCAGUGACACGGGCUACUCGUCAGAUGGGAUAUCCGGCUCCAUGGGCGAGAUCACAGGCCAGAUCCAGGAGGAUCCGGGGUUGAAACUGAGUGAACGAGGCCCCUCUAGCCCCUCUGAGAUAACCAAGCUGGAGAGCUCCAUGCGGCCGCUGCUAGAAUCAAAGUCCAAGGAGGCUGCAGACCAGGGCCGGGGGAGGCCUCACUCUCUGUCCAUUGGCCAGGACGAGGAGUACAACUCGGAUGGGGAAGUGUCGGACGAUCUCAGCUCAAAGCUGCGACACGACUAUGUGGAGGACAGCAGCGAGAGUGGUCUGUCCCCCUUACCGCCCAGGCAGAAGAAGUCCCAUAAAGAAAUGACAGAUGAGGAGUUCAUGAGGAGGCAGAUCAUGGAAAUGAGUGCUGACGAGGAUGAGAUGGAGGAGGAAGAAGGGUACGGCUACCAGAAAACAAAAAACAAAAAGGAUUUGGGGAAGGAGAAACGACGCAGCCUCACCCACCAUUCCAGUAGUUUUGAAGAGGACACCAAGGGCGCUGAUGGUGAAGAAGACGAAGGUAUGAUGGCUUCCCAAGGAGGCCUGCGGCGGUUUAAGACCAUCGAGCUGAACAACUCAGAGCAUGACCUCAGAGAGCCAGAGCUGGAGAUGGAGAGCCUGACUGGAUCACCAGAGGAGCGGUCGAGGGGGGAGUAUUCCUCCACCCUACCUGCCACCACUCCCAGCUACACCUCCGGCACGUCCCCUACCUCUGUGUCCUCCAUGGAGGAUGACAGUGACAGCAGCCCCAGCCGCAGGCAGAGACUGGAAGAAGCCAAGCAGCAGAGGAAGGCUCGCCACCGCUCCCAUGGCCCACUCCUGCCCACCAUUGAGGACUCAUCCGAGGAAGACGAGCUGAGGGAGGAAGAGGAGCUUUUGAGAGAACAGGAGAAGAUGAGAGAUCUGGACCUGCAGAGGAUCCGCAGCACAGCCAGGAAAACUAAGAGAGACAAAGAGGAGCUGAGGGCCCAGAGACGUAGAGAGAGAUCCAAGACUCCGCCCAGCAACCUCUCUCCCAUCGAGGAUGCAUCCCCAACAGAGGAGCUGAGACAGGCAGCAGAGAUGGAGGAGCUCCACAGAUCCUCCUGCUCAGAGUACUCCCCUUCCAUGGAUUCAGAGGCAGAGGGCUUUGAAAUGAUGGGCUCUAAGCUCUACAAGUCAGGAAGCCACCACAACCUACCCACGUUCAUGUCUCUCUACUCCCCCACUGAAAAACCUACUGCCACUUCACCGUCUGACAAGACACUGAAAAGUGCAGAGGAGGUUUAUGAAGAAAUGAUGAGGAAAGCAGAGAUGCUGCAGCAGCAGCAGCAGGGACAGCCAGGAAGGCCAGGUCAACAACAAGGAAGUCCACAAAGGCAACCGGCUGGGGCACCUCAGCCUGGCAAUAAACAACAUCUAGACACUGGAGCUUCCCUAACACCUGGCUCCAGCCCCACACAGAUCUCUGCACCUGUUUCCUUCUCCUCAAACGACCCACGUGGGUCUGGACGAGGGAUCCCCCAAGGAAUCAGUGUGACACAGCAUCUAUCGAAAGAAACCCAAGACAGGAUGAGGACGCAGACUGCCAAAAUAGGGGGUGUUAUCCCCCCGGCAGCUGGAAGACCAGGUACUCAUGGACCAGCACAAGGGGUGCCUCUUCCUGACCCUGGAGUGCCCUCCAUCGCAUCCUCCCUCUUCUCCUAUUUUAAAGGCCCCAGUCCUCCUGUUUCCCCUGCUCCCUCUCCCUCACAGAGCCCCAUUCAUUCCCCAUCCCCACGACCCACAGGGCCUGGGGUGUCCCCACGACCCUCAGGGCCUGGGGUGUCCCCACGACCCACAGGGCCUGGGGUGUCUCCACGACCCACAGGGCCUGGGGUGUCCCCACGACCCACAGGGCCUGGGGUGUCCCCACAAACCACUGGGCCUGGGGGGUCCCCACGACAUUCUCAACCUGGCACUGGUGGCCCAACCUCCCCAAUACCGCCACAGCAACAUGGAGCCCAGACGCCACAAAGAUCAGCGUCGCCACGCCUUGCAAGACAACAGUCCUCCUCCGACUCACCAGUAAUGGUGAUAACUCUGGGCUCUGAGACCACCACCAGUUCUGCAAAGCCUUUAACUGUAAACUCUUCCACUUCGCCCCUGUCCUCGCCAACACAGGGUAUACGUCAGCCCAUGUAUCAGCAACAUACUCCUUCAACAAGCUCCCCAACAUCCACACAAAUGCACCCACUGCACCAAACCCCUCAACCUGGUUUACAGAGGCCCCAAACUGCAGAGAGGGUUAAUGUUGGUAUGAGCAUGACAAUGACAACCACAGCUGCCACAUACAGUCGUGGGUCAAUGUCAAUGGAAAAUAUCUCCCUAUGUAGAAUCUCCAACGUUCCAGGUACCUCUAGGGUCGUGGAGCAGGGCCAAAUUCAAAUGCAUCCGACUGGACCUGCAUCUGUGGUGGACCUGAGAGCACCAAUGAAGCCUGCCCCAAUCAUCAUGACUGACCAGGGCAUGGAUCUAACGUCUCUGGCAACUGAUACAAGGAGGUAUUCUCUCGAUGCUGAACAACCACCCAGCCGUCACACAGCGGUGCAGGACCUGAAUGCAGCCAUGAACCUGAAUGCACAAGAGCAGCCGCAUGUGUCUGCGUCCACUCCAACAACAGUCACCGUGGCAGCCUCCAUGUUUAUAUCUCAGCCGAAGGGGCAUCCAGUGGUUUACGGAGAUCCCCUUCAGAACCGUGUGGAUCUGGGGCAAGGCGUGGGAUCAGCAAUGUGUCUUACACAAACUAAGACACCCAUCACUGACCCGUCCAUUCCCAAGAUUGACGCAUGUCUGGAGGAUUUGGGCAUCCAGCAGCAGCAACUCCAGAUGCAGCAGCAGAAGCUCCUACAGCAACAACAGCUCCUCGAGCAGCAGCUCCAGCAGCACCAGCAGUCCUCUUUCGCUCGCUAUAACCUAGCAAACCAGGUCCAGCCGCUGUUGCUGAAGAAAGACCUGGUGGUGAGCCAGACAAGCAUUGGCAUUGCUCAGCCUGUGGUCAGUGUCAGUGCAAUUCCUAGAGUAUCUCCCUUACCUCCUCAGCCAGUGUCUGUGGCUCCACCUUCCUCUAACACUCUGCAUGACUAUUGUCAGGGUGGGCUUGCUUUGGAGUUGAAGAACAAGCCCACGGUCAUGAACCUGUCCACGGGAAAGCCCCAUGUCAUGAUGGUCCAACUGGAAGACCGCAAUACAUCUCAGGUGGCCACAGUGACUCAGCUAGUCAAAGAGCCUCCUCCUCCUCCCCAGGUCCUGGAUCUCACUGGUGGACAGAUGCAGAAACCAGAGAACCAAGUGGCUUGUUGUGACGUUGUUUACAAGUUACCCUUCGCUGGUAGUUGUGCAGGGAACUUAACUCAGAAAAAUCUUACCACUGAACCUUCCCAAGUCACCCUUCCACCCCCUGCUCCACAUUACAGUGUAAGCCAGCAGCAGCAGCAGCAACAGCAGCAGCAGCAACAGCAGCAGCAACAGCAGCAGCAACAGCAGCAGCAGCAACAGCAGCAGCAACAGCAGCAGCAACAGCAGCAGCAGCAGCAACAACAACAGCAGCAACAACAACAGCAGCAACAACAACAGCAGCAGCAGCAACAGCAGCAGCAGAAACAACAACAACAACAACUUCAACAACAGCAACAUCAUCAUCAUCAACAACAACAACAACCUGGAAAUAAUGGCUACCAGACAUCAAGCAUGCAAGGAGCACCAGAUGAGCUUAAACCAAUGCAGGGGGUCCCUCCAUACCCUAUACCCCCUGGAGGGAGACUUCAACCUUCCAUGUCUGACACCAACCUGUCUAAUGCAGGGCUUCAGUACUAUCAGAGGACUGACCCUGGGGACUUGGCUGUGGAUCUGAGCACCAUGAAUCAAACCUACGAAGGAGGAUAUCUUGGCAUGGGUGCGCAGUAUGGAUCCUACACAGACUUACGUCAUGAAGGAGAUGUUACAGGUCCUCCCUUACCCCUGCGAAGAUACGGCUCCAUGUCCAACAUCAACCAAGACUAUGGCUAUGGUCAGGUAGGUUUACCGGAUGCCAACCUGGCACAGUAUAGUGCCACCACUGCCAGGGAGAUCAGCCGAAUGUGUGCAGCUCUGAACUCUAUGGAUCAGUUUGGUCAACGGUACAGCAACCCUGACAUGAUGCAGUAUGGUGCUGGAAGAGGAGCAGGCCCUGCAGCCAGGCUCAACCUACAGCAAAGUUUAGCAUCAAUCCGAGCCAACCUACUCUAUGCCCCUGACGGCAGGCCCACAGCACACGGCCAAGCCCUAACCAAUCUGAUCAAUGCCAGACAAGCAAGCAUACGGGCCUUAUAUCCAUCUGCAAUGAGAGGAGCUGAUGGCAUGACAUACUCCACCAUCAACAGCCCAAUAGCCUCUACCUUGCCAAUAACCACCCAACCUUCCUCUGUUCUGCGACCCAUGCCACGAGGAAUAUACCGACCUUACCCUGCAGGUGUGACUGCUGUACCACUGGCUAGCCUCACUAGGUUGCCUCAUGUGACCCCAAGGAUGCCUUUGUCUACACAGGGACCUUACGGUUACGCUUCUCCCAACCAGUUUCCUACAACAGCGGGUGUUCCUGGAAAUGUACCUGACACAAGCACCUCCACUCAGGAAGCUCCUGUCUACCUUGGGAAGCCUUUGGAAACCGUCACUGUGCACACAGCUGCAACUUUACCACCGGCCCACCCGGUUUCUCAUAUGGGUGGACAGAUUGUACAAACUACUGCAAUGGCAAUUCAGUCUGCAAACCAACAGACCCCCCAAACUCAUAUCCAAGUGCAGAAAGUUACGACACACCCCCUUACACAAACUCAAAUGCAAGCCCAAAUACAGCAACAAAUGCAGUCCCAAAUACAGCAACAAAUUCAAACUCAAAUGCAACAACAAAUACCAACUCAAACUCAAGCUUUAUCCCUGACUCAAUCCCAGUCCCAGCUAAUAACUCAGCCUCAGCCCCAGGCUCUAGUGCAGCACCAGACUCAGCUGCAGCCCCAGACCACACUCCAGGCUGCAGCAACCAGCACCACCAUUGCUACUUCCGUAGACCCAGAGCUAGAAAAGGUAGAAGAGCGUUUGAGACAGCAGCAAGAGCAGAUGCUGCAGAUGGAGCGAGAGCGUGUGGAGCUGGAGAAACUUCGGCAAAUGCGCCUGCAUGAGGAACUGGAGAGAGACCGCAUGGAGCUCCAGAGGCACAGGGAGAAAGAACAGAUGUUGGUGCAGCGCGAGAUUCAGGAGCUGCAGACCAUCAAACAGCAAGUCCUGCAUCAGCAGCAAUCGGAAAGGGAGACCCAGCUGGUCAUGCAGAGGGAACAGCUAGCCCAGCAGAGGAUGCAACUGGACCAGAUCCAGUCGCUGCAGCAACAGCUCCAGCAGCAGUUGGAGGAGCAGAAAAGGCAGAAGACUGCAGUGGUGGAGGCAGCAGCUGCAGCCGCAGCAGCCGAGGCAGCUGCUGCAUCGGCAGCAGCAGCUGCUACAGCCACUACUGCUCAAGGGUUAGUAGUUGGAGGAGGAACCCCACAAGGUUUCAUCAUCUGUGACCAGAGUGGUAGGGUGAUUCAACAGGAGGGCCAAAGUGUGCAGUUCUGGCAACCCCACAUGGAAGGGCAGGUGGUCCAAACAGUGGUGACCCCAAGGCCUAUACCUAGCUCUGCCUCUGAGAUGUCCUUCAGAAAUAGUGAGGAUCAGGCGGAGUCCAGGGUCAUGAAGAAGCGGAACUCCAUGCCUCGUCUUAGGGACGAAGCAGAGGAGGAGCCAGUGAGGAGGAUUGCAGAUAGCUGCGUGCAGACGGAUGAUGAAGAUGGUGAGGACAGGUAUAUGAACCGUAGGGGCAGGAGAACCAGGCGCAUCGCUGACUGCAGCGUCCAGACAGAUGACGAGGAUCAAGCAGAGUGGGAGCAACCGGUCAGGCGCAGGAGGUCACGCUUCUCCAAGCACUCAGACUCUAGCGCGGAGGUCAAAUCCGACGGAAUCUCCAAAGUGUCUUCCUCUAGCAUAGCCAUUCAGACCACCAACGACUCCUCAUGCCAGACUGAGACAGACCAGUUGGGCAGGGUCUCACCUGCAAUCCACAUUACUGCGGCUGAGACAAACAAGGUGGAGCUACUACACUACAUCUCUGCACCUGAGAGAACCCAUAAGGGUGAGAGCUUGGCCUGUCAGACCGAACCAGAGGUCCAGUCUCAGGGGGUGGUGGCCCCUCAGCUCAGUGUCCCCACCACCAUCAGCCCAUACUCCACCACCAUGCAGAUGGUAGGCUCCACCCCAUCUCCUCCCCAAGGGGUGGCCAAGUUUGAAAGGAGGAAACCGGAUCCUCUGGAUAUCGGCUACCAAGGCCAGCAGCAGAACGAGUCCCCAUCUCGCCAGCCUCCCAAGUCUCCUCAGGUGCUGUACUCCCCUGUGUCCCCACUGUCACCCCAUCGGAUGCUGGAGACCACCUUCACCUCCCAGGAGAAACUCAACAAGGCGCACGUCACACCCCAGCAGAAAGCCUUCACUGCCGAGUCCCCUCAGCGUCAUCAGAGCCUCCCCAGGCCCAUCAAGAGUGUGCAGCGCUCCAUGUCAGACCCCAAACCCCUCAGCCCCACCUCAGAAGACCCUGCCAAGAACAGGUUCUCACCGUAUCAUCAGCAGGCCCUCUCCAACAGUCAGCUCCAGAUGGCCACCCUGCAGCAGCAGCAGCAGCAGAACUCUCUGAUGAGAAAGGUGAAGAGGACCCUGCCUAGCCCUCCUCCAGAAGAAAGCCCUCUCCCCAUCGUCACCCCAGCCAUGUCCCACAUGUACAGCAGCCCCCCGGGGAUGCAGCCCCAGAGGGUGCUGCCAAGGCCUGCCCAGGGAGUCACUAAGGCUGGCCUGCUGAGCGAGCUGAAGGCCGUGGAGCAGGAGUCUACCAAGCUCCGCAAGCAGCAGCAGGAGUUGGAGGAGGAGGAGAAGGAGAUUGACGCCAAGCUGCGGUACCUGGAACUGGGCAUCCAUCAGCGCAAGGAGACCCUGGUGAAGGAGAGGGAGAGGAGGGAGCUGGCCUACAUGCGCUGCAUGGGCGACGCCCGUGACUACAUGUCGGACACCGAGCUUAACAACCUGAGGAUGGUUGCGGCCACGGGGACAUUCGAUGGUAACGGUCUGCUGACGAGGCCUAGUACGGCGCCUCUGAGCCAGUUCACCAACGACCUCGGCCCGGCCUCCCAGUACCCGCCCACCUCCUCCUACAUGGCCUAUCAGUACGCACAGAGCCAGCCCACGCCCACACAGCAGCCAACCGCUGCUUACCAACAGAUCGGUUUCCAGCCCCCUCAGUACCCAACAGCUGGCCAGCCCCAGCCAGGCACCUUCCAGCCACACCCACCCCAAGGCCCAGGUUACCAGACCCAGCCAGGCUACCCAGCCCACGGGGGCUAUGGACAGCCAUCGUACCAUACAGACCUGGGCAUGCAGCAGCAUAGCCACCAGGGUUUCCAGCCUCCCAACCCCUCUAUCCCAGGCCAACACCUCCCCUACCCCGGCCAGAGCCCCUAUCCCGGCCAGGGGAUGUCCUAUCAGCCCCAGGCUGAGAUCCUUACUGUCCACCAGAGGCCUCGUCAGACCUCCCUGGCCGACCUGGAACAGAAGCUGCCCACCAACUACGAGGUGAUCAGUAACCCUGCCGUCUCGGUGGCCACAUCAGCUCCAGACACCUGCUUUGGCUCAGUCUAUGCCUCUAACACCAUGCCCAACGCCUACGGGCAGUACCGCCCCCCGGAACCUGUGCUGACCCACGGUGUGGACAGCCCCACAUCAGCCUAUGCUGCAGACGGCCUCUACACCUCCAACCUGGAGCAGAAUAUCCCCAGGAACUACGUCAUGAUUGACGACAUCAGCGAGCUGACCAAAGAGAACACGGGCCCUGCUGUUGAUGCUCUUGGCCAUCCAAUGGGAGGACGUUACGGUGAGAACGGCCCCGUGCGCCAGACUGGCUACGGCAAUGAGCCUGUGGACCCGUACAUGCCUGCAGGCACCACAGGCUACCACCAGCAGGGCGCUGUGGAACCCCGGACCAGCACUACUGGGGGAUCUUCUUAUUACUAUGACGACUAUAAUAAACACCCCAGCACAACACGUCCAGGGGGCCCAGGGCCCCAAAAACACCCAUCCAAGAACCUGGCCCCUGCUGUGGUCUCCUCCGGUAAGCGCAGCAAGCAUAGGAAGCAAGGCAUGGAGCAGAAGAUCUCAAAGUUCUCCCCCAUCGAGGAGGCACGGGACGUGGAGUCUGACCUGGCCUCUUACACCAUGACCACCUCUACCGGCGGCAGCUGCACCGUGGUGUCCCGGUCCGGGGUGAAGAAGAGCGGCUACGACCAGCAGAAGUACUAUGGUGGCCAGCCGGGAAGCCGGGAAGCCCUGGAAGAGGAGGACCGGAUGUACGGCUCGGGGAGAUCCCGGUCUACAGGCUACGGCAUGGACAAGAUCUCCUCCAGGGACUCCUCAGGCUACAGGAGCAAGUCCUACGAGAGGGAUGCCUUGGAGCGGUCUCAGAGAGGCAACCGCGGUGGACGGAACUCAGAGGAGGAGAGCCCCCUCAGCCCCGUGGGGAAGCCUGUGGGGAUCGGACGAGGCGGCACUGGGGUACCAGGGGAUCCCCAUGACGUGAGGAACCAGUAUGGCUCCAGCCACUCCCUGCCGGACGUCCAGGAUCACCACAUGAAGGACCUGCCCAGGAGCCACGUGUACAAACCAGAUGACUCAUACCUUGUAGACGACAUGCACGCAGCUGUGUCGGACAGCGAAGCCUAUCAUCUGGGUCAGGAGGAGACGGACUGGUUUGAGAAGCCAAGGGAGGCUCGCGCCAACCGCUCCAGACACCACGGGAGUGCAGGCCACAUCUCCACAGGUAGACAACAGACCGGCGCCAACGUGAAGCACACCUACCAUGACUACGACGAGCCCCCCGAGGAGCAGGACCUGUGGCCUCAAGAUGAGUACAACAACCAACCUCGCCACCCCUCGUCCACCUCAUCAUCCCGUGACCACCGUGGUUACCAUGGCAGUAGCGGCGGCAGUUCGGGGAGGCACUCAUCUUCCCGCCACUCUGGCGAGGAGCCCCGGUCGUCCAGCCGCUCCUCCAGAACACACCCCAAAGACCCAUCCGCCCGCUCUGAGGGCCGUGGAUCCUCCUCCACCCAGAAGAGGGGAGGCUCGGAACCCCGUUCCUCCCGGGAGGGCUACCGGGAUCGGGACUCUGGGGACUACUCCUCCCGUGAUCCGGCCUCUGGACACCACCGUGAGGGCACCGGGGGCAGGGGUCAGAGGCCGCCGGGCUCGUCUUCCAGGAGACAGGAGGGGGUGCCCUCUGCAGGGGCCAAGCAGGGCCUGGGGCAGCAACCCCAGGGUGGUCCAGGGGGGCCCCAGCAGCAGGGGCAGCGUUCCAGUGGGCAGUCCCAGUCAGGCAGACAGCCUGGGUCCCAGGGGCCAGAUGGGGGACAGCCAGCCCAGCAGCCUGGCCAGCAGCAGCAACGCACCCAGCAGCAGCAGCAGCAGCCCCUGCAGCAGAGCCAGCUUCCUCAGACCACUGCUGGUGGGCCUCAGGCCAAUCCAGGGACCGCAGGGCCAGGUCCCAUGGCAGGACCAGGGACAGGACAAGGGACAGGACCAGGUACAGGACCAGGAGUGGCACAGCACCAGGAUAAACCUGUCCAGACUCCGGCACAAGGCCGGCAGCCAGCUGGACCCGCCACAGGCCAGUCACCAACCACAGUCGUGACCCCUGCUACACCUGCAGCAGCCAUUGGGGGGGUGAAACCUGCAGCAGCGAUUGGAGGGGCAGCAGCAGCACAGCCUCCCAAGACAGUCACACCCCCCCUCACAGGCAUUGGCUCUAAAGCAGCCCCUCCUGGAGGGAUAGGUAGCAGGCCUGGAGGGAUAGGUGGGAUCGGCAGUGCAGCGGCAGGCCAGCCUCCAGCGGACGGGGGAAACGUUCUCACCAAUAUCCUGGGAGGGGCGGGAGGGGCUGCCGAGCAGGCAGGGAAACUGGGUGAUGCUAUUUCUGGCCUCGGCAAGAAGUUCACUUCGUUUUGGUGAACGGAAGAGAGGAGGGGUAUGAGGACUUGAGAUGGAGAGGGAUUGGAGGCUUGGUACUGGAAAAACCUAUGAAACUGUUUACGCCAUUUUAUACAUUUCACUAUCACAAGGAACGGAGGAGGAGGGAAGAGGGAGGGUACCUGAGCGCAUCAGGCUGGAAUCAAAGGAUGCCUGGUCAGCACUGAACUCCCCAGACAUGAGCACACAACAUGAUCAGAAUUAGAAUGGGUGAAUGCUUUGUCAGCACUAGGCUGGGAUCUCCAGACAUGAGCAGAGGAUGGAGGAGAGGACGAAGUGGAUGGAUAUCAGGGGGUCCCAAGCAUGAGCAUACUAUUUAAGAGAGACUUCUGCUGCUGCCUCUGCUGGCUAUACACCAACAGAAUGCCAGGGAGAGCCUGCCUCACAGCUCCCGUAAGAGAGUGAAUCAGACAGAUCGAAUCCUCACCUCCCUGUCGGUUGUCUGCUUACUGAGAGAUAUAACUCCGGAUCCAGGUACAGGACAGGGAGCUGUCACACACCUUAGGCUUGGCUUCAGCAUCUCUCAGCUCAGGGGGACAGCAACGGAGGAUGCUGUUUUUUCAUCUGAAUGUCUUGUAUCACUCGCUGAGGUUCUCCUGUUGGAAAACCAGGCCAGAUGGGAGCGAUUGUAGUUGAGGGAAGCUUCAUAGUGCCCUCUACAGGGCAUUGAGGGGAAGUCACUCUGUCUGAGGAGUCCACAUCUGACCACAAUCUACUCGGGCCAAGUCCCAAAUGACACCCUAUUCCCUAUUUAGUGCACUACUUUCGACCAGGGUCCUUUGGGCUCUGGUCAAAAGUAGUGUAUUAUAUAGGAAAUAUAUAGGAAAUAGGGGACCAUUUGGGAUGCAGAGUCUGUCUGAGGAGUCCACAUCUGACCAGAAUCAUUCAUGACCCCACGCUUUUGUGCCCAAAGGACCUUUUUUUUACAGCAUCACCAUUAUAACGCAAUGGAGGAGGUCGACAGAGGUACACAGCUCAUAGGUUUUACUAGUACCAAAGAGACUUCUUCGCUAACUAUGACACUCGAACUACUACACCGGAGGAGGCAAGACGUUACUACGGCGACAGACAAAACAAACAAACAAUUGCCUGUUAUUAAACCCUUGAAUGCUUGGUUUCUCUGAUCUCUACAUUCCAGUAUAGGGAACGAUGACCCUUUCUUUGAAUGUGUUUUCAUUUCUCGUCCACCUGUUGUGAUGAUAUGAUGUCUCCAGAAUGCAACAUGUACAUUGUGGACAUGGGAAUGCACGCACAAUAAUAAUAAUCGAAUAGAAACCCAUAUCUUCUCAAUACUUUUCCCACCGCCGUGUCCGGAAGAGGGUCCACUAGACAUUACUCGACGAGUAGGAUCACGAGAGGUGGAGGAGCUACCAGUGGUGCCCCACCAAAUGAGAGUGUGAGAUCUACACAGAAGAGAGAACCAAACGGAGCGCAAGUAAGCGUGGCCACGGCUGUUGUUUUGUUGUUGUUGUUUGUUAGCCAUCACAAAGCCAUCAGUUGUCAAUCCCAGAGCACUUUGGGACAUUUUUGUUGUUUCCUUUUUUUUUAAUGAUCUAUUUGUUGAUUUAUUUUCAUCUUGUUUAGUUUCUUAUCAUUUCUGCCUGGUAUUUUUUGGGGGGAAAAGAAGAGCCUUAUUCGGUCCAUAUUUUUUACUUGUAUACCUCAUAUGUUUUGAAAUGUCCAUAUCAUACCUUUCUUAAUUUAUUUUGUUUUGCACAAAUGUAUACUACUGUAUGUAUAUACAUCUAGCUAGAACACUGAUAAUGUAAAUGAUUCAUUUGUGUAUUUAUUCAUUUAUAUUUAUGUGACUUCUGUAUUUUUUUGUUUCAUGUUUUUCUUUGGUAAAUCUAUUUAUAUUUGAAUGGUCUAUGGUUUUCUUAUUAAUUAUCUCGUGUUUGAAUAAUUUGCUGGUUGAUUUUUAAAAGCAAUAGCAUGCAGAAAACGUUAUACAGCACAAUGGUGUUAAUGUUGUUUAAAUUCGUGCUUGGGGAUGUCUGAGACAUGUUGUAUAACAUCAGUAAACGUGUCUGAGAGAGUUGCAUAACCACACAUACACACCUAAAUCUCGGCAUUUGCGCUAACACACACACACACACACACACACACACACACACACACACACACACACACACACACACACACACACACACACACACACACACACACACACACACACACACACACACACACACACACACACACACACACACACACACACACACACACACACACACACACACACACACACACACACACAGGAUUGGUUGGAAGCAAUCAUCAUUUAAAAUGUUCUAUGCAAUGAUUCAUUUUGAAACUGGAAAAGACUCCAAAAAAGUUUAAUAUCAUGAUGACCAAUGUUACUCACACGAAUCCCAACAUCAUUGUGAACUGAGAAACGUCAGAAAACGGUUAUGAACAUGUUUGUACUUGUAUGUAUGGAUCUUAAUAUUGAACUAUUGAAUCUAGACUUGUUUUUAUUUUUGUGGCAUGUUUAAUAGUACCCCAUCACUCCCCAUACGGGGGACUUGUUGCCAAAGGGUUAACUGUAUAGACUGUCAGUCAUGAAUGUCCAACAUCUUGUUGCUAGAAGCAUGGGUUUGCUUGGCUUCGUCCGGCUGUUUGUAUGACCUCAUUAAGUCUUGGUGUGUGUGUGGCUUGACCAGGUUUCCACUGUGCCGUGGCGUGUUCGGCUUACAGUGACUGUCCAAUCCGUGCUGCUAUACAAACCUGUGAUGCAGUUGGUCAAGAAAUUCUCCAUGUAAAAUGUAAUUGUGCGUAUUACGGUCGGUGUGUAAUCUGAAGGGUGGGUGGGGGGGAUUAGUUUCUGGUAUGUGAUUGGUUGAUCAGACCAUCCAACAAAUAUAACUGUUUCGUAUGCCUCACUGCAUAUCGGGAUGGCUUCAUGUGGUAAUAUAUGAUGUGGGAAACAACAUUAAAGUGCUUUGAAGCCACUAAAAGGUACAUUUACAGAACAACAAAUCAAGGUAUUAUUUGUAGUUGGAGGAACAAUGGGGGAAAUCCUUUCCUCCACUUAGUCGUGCAUUCAUUUCACUGGGAGACUAAGUGAAAAUGUGACUUAAAUUGAUGUUAAGACACGCCCUUAAAUGAACAGAAGCACGUCUAGAACUCAAUCAGUGAACCGCUGAACCUUCCAUAUCCAAGGCCAACCUAGAGGGAACCUCCAGGGAACCUAGAGGGAACCUAGAGGGAACCUCCAGGAGGGAACCUAGAGGGAACCUACAGGGAACCUAGAGGGAACCUACAGUACUGUCAGUCAAGUCCGAGAGACUCGACAUGCCGCUGACCCCAAGCCUGUCAAUUACCAAAUCAGGGCACGUUACAAUGAAAGCACAAGCCUGACUGGUUACAGUUUGUCACUAUACUGUCUGUAAAAGACACAGAAAUAUGACACACCAAUAGGAAAUGUGUUGACAAUUUCAAGGCGAGGUAAAAACAAAUCAAGUAUCUCAUGUCAUUAAUAUGAAUGAGUGUGGGUAGAAUGAAUCACAGAGGGUCCUUAGCGGUGGUUCGGUAUAGACAGAUGCAUGCUCACCAUCUUCAUGGAGACGUUGUGGUCGAUAAGAGAAGAGGUGCAUGUGACAGAACAGCCGUCACUGACUGAAGCCGUCCAGCGAGACACAAGGACGGACAGACAGACAGACAGACAGACAGACAGACAGACAGACAUUGUCACUGUAAAUACAGAUGGAUUCUUCUGUACAGCGUUUGAGUUCAUAGUAAGGCCGUCUUGUGCAUCCCCCACGCUGUACUUGCUGCCAACUUUUUGUGCUUUUGUGCAUAAUAUAAUAUUUAUUAUGAUUAAAUAUUAUGAUUAUAAUGAUGAAAUGAGCGGUGUAUGUGACUGUUGGCAAAAGGGGAACAACUUGUAUUCAGAAAACAUAUCUGGUCUCUUUAGAGUUUCUAUACAUAUUGUGUUUGUAAAACAAGGAGAAAUACCUCCAUGGCAAAAGUUUAUCCAGGCGUUCUAUUGUCAUUCUAUCGGGAGGUUUCAAAGGUGAUGGGACAUUAUCCGCUAAUUAAAAAUAAAAAUAAGAGAGAGAUUGAAAUAAGAGGAAAAAAGGAAAGAGAAAAUGCAACAAAAAAUCCAGAAAAAGUCUUAACUCAAGUCAUUCACUGUUGUAAGUGCAAUGGGCGAAACAUCAGUCGUGUAUCCAUUGUGAAAUCUUGUGUUCUAUUCAGUGUAUUCCUGUAAACAGAUAGAGUAACAUUUUGGUGCAUCAUGUCAUGUAAUGUGAUUAAUGAAAAUAAUGACCCUGCAAUUUGUUUCCAAUCAGGAAAAAGAAUAAAGAGAAAAU